CCUGCCCGGAGUACCUUCUUCUUGAUAUCGGGUCCAGCCUCCUCCUGAUCGGGUUAUCCGACGAUACAGUGUCGCGUUUCUGGCCCCUACGGUGCCCCAGACCGCGAGACAUCCUCCACGGAUCUCGUGAUUUAGGCGUGACGCGCGCGUUUCGGAUCGAUUGCCGCACGUCGAAAUCGAGAGAAUGGCUGUCUCGACUGCUUCGUGUCACGUACGGAGGAAAGGGUAAGCUCCGAGCCCUGAGACGAUUCUUUUUCCGGAGUUCCUUGGACGAAGUAGAUCGAAGACGGAAGCGGUGAUUUGAAAAAGACACGCAGAGGAACCGAGUCGGGAUGACUAAGGGCUCCGUUGCGAACAUUGACAGAUUAGGAGACGAGUUGGAUCGACUGUGAACGACUUUUGUGGAAAUAUAUGCAACAGAGGAGUUCAAGGACGAUCGAAGAAUUUUGUUUCGAGAAAGAAAAUAGCAGGCAUCCGUUAUUGCGAUUGUUUGGACCAGCCACAGGGAGCAGAGGGAUGACCUAAAGGUUUCUUUCGGUUAACAUUUCUUCCUAGACAUUGACCUGGACAUGGACCAAAGGAUGUGCAUCGUAACGACCUGAUUUAUAAGUUUGCAAGACAACUGGAUCUGCCGGGUCGAGUCUAGUAACCCUGUACGUAAGAAAACGAAUAAAUACCAUCUUCUAGAGUCUCUGUCAGACUCUAGAAAUUCCAAAGUCUCCUCACGAACCCGAGACACAGCUCGAUACAAGAUGCCAGAGUCUACCAAUCCGCCAAACUUGGUCCUAAACAUUCCAAGCUGAAACUAAAUCAAGCUAAACUCAACUUGGACGAUACAAGAUCUUCAACCAAAAUCUCCGCCAUAGUCUUCGUCGGACAAUCGUCUCCAGGUGGCCUGUUCCAGGCUCGAAUCGUCCAUCUCGAGAGUCCACCACCGUUGCCAACGACCCGUUUCCCCGAAUAUUCGGGAAAAUCGAUGGGAAUCGGUCAGACUCGUGCAUAGAGGUUUGGAAAUAGAGUGACAAUCGUGACGUUGGCCAUUAAGUACCCAGGUCUCGUUGACGGGACGCGGAAACCGUAUACUUGCGGCCCGCCGGAGGUGCACCGUGAUUAUGCGACAGUUUUGUGAACGUGAUUAAAUUGACCUCGAUACAUCGUGGACAUCCGCGCUUAUCCAGCCAGCGUGCGUUUAUUCCGCGGCUGUUUUGCUCGUUUCGAGCGAAUAACGCGAGACGAGAAUGACGAGCGCGGGAUCGGUGGUGUCCUGACCGAAUCCCGGGAUCUCGUUGGCCGAGCAUCCGGGGACGAUCGAUGAUCGGCGUUCAGCUGACGUUUUGUCGUGGAAAUCGUCGCAGCGACAGCGGCAGGGGCUCUUUGGUGAUGUACGACAGCGCCAGCUGUUCGUACGCAGGUGCGCUCGAAUUAAAGGGAGCCUCAGGAGCUGGAGCCGCGGCCGCUGGUGUAACCGCGGCCGGCGUCAAGCAGGAGAAUUGGCCGUACCGCGGCCUCACCUGCGGCAGCACCUUCCAAAGGCUCAAGGAGAGCGUCGACAAGGCCAAACAGGCGCUCGCCGAUCGCGGUGGCUACCUGUCCGGUGCUUUCUCGCCCCCGCCACGUGCCAACCCGUCCGCCAUUUCGCCCACUGCCUCCAUCACCGAUGCCAGCAGCUCGUACAAAGGGGGCUGGAGCCACGCCACGUCGCCGGCUCCUGGACAGGGUUACGGAAGCAGCUUAUCCAAGUCAGCACUGGACACGCACACCCACCUCCGGCAGCCUGAUCCGUACCAAAUGUUCGGAGCGACGAGCAGUCGCCUCGCGAGUUCCGGUUCCGGUCAGAUCCAGCUCUGGCAAUUCUUGCUCGAGCUACUGUCAGACUCGAGCAACGCGGCUUGCAUUACGUGGGAAGGAACCAACGGCGAGUUCAAGUUGACUGACCCGGACGAGGUGGCGAGACGCUGGGGCGAAAGGAAGUCCAAGCCUAACAUGAAUUAUGACAAAUUGUCGAGGGCUUUGAGGUACUACUACGACAAGAACAUCAUGACGAAGGUCCACGGGAAGAGGUACGCGUACAAGUUCGACUUCCAGGGCCUGGCGGCGGCGACUCAGCCGGCCGCUGCGGACCCGGCCGCGUACAAAUACCAGAGCGAGCUGUUCAUGUCCGGUUACGGACACGCCAAGCUGAACCUGAUGCCGCCGCCGGCCGCCUCCGUGUCCGUCUCCGUUCCGGGUGGCCUCUUCCAAUCGGCGUCCAGCUACUGGUCCACGAGUCCCGGUGCCAACCUGUACGCGGGCCACCACACGGCCUCGGGCCACGUGCCGCCUCAUCUAGGCACCUAUCCGCACUACGCAUGACCCACCGCCGAGCACUGGGGCGCGCUGGGUACGCCACGUUAACGAGUUUCUACCGAGAGAAUUAAAAGACCGCCGUCAACACCGGUCAACGUGUACCGUCGGCCUGGCCAGCUUCAGAACCGUCCGUCGCUCGACAUCGGUCCCGCGUCUCUAGCUUCCUUGCGCUCUCCUCGAUACGUCCACUCGCGAUUUUUCAUCUCGAUGAGGAUAAAUCUUCCGAGCGGUUUUUGUAUCGGUGAAUUAGGUGUACUCGACGAGGCCUCCGCUUUGAGAGCCUGAAAUUGUUUGGAGAAGGGUGAAAAUUAACUUCUUAGCCGAGCUCCUACUUCAUAGGCCGGCUAGUUGGGUUUAGAUAUUUUUGAACCCGAUGAGAUCAGAUCUUCUGUGCUCAGUGGUUUUUGUAUCGGUGAAUUGAAGCAGGAGAACUGGAUGUGGCCUCUAUUUGAGAGCUUCAAUUUGUUUUUGUUGAGGGUGAGAAUUAACUUGUUAGUUGACCUCUCACUUUCUAGCCUGGUCAUCUUUGUCAAGCUUAGUACGCCAGUCUCGAAGAUGGAUGAAGAGAAAAUGAAAUUCUCGUUAGGUUUGGAUACUAUGGUUUCGGUUCUGCUAUUUUUUGAUUAUUUCCUAUAGAAGAUUCGCUCGCGCCGUACUAUACUGCUCCCAAAGAUUCGAAUCCUGAAUUACCCCAAGCAAACUUCGCGACGAUUGCAUUCGAACGCUUCCAUAAACCUAGUUCUACGGAUUUCUUCACAUUCUUUUAAGAAACACAGUUUUCCGUGAUAAAUCUUUAAGGGAAAUUUAUUCGCGAAGGUCUCAAUAAUCCUCGA